AUGAGAUAUAUUGUGUGCCAGGCUUGCCUUAGAAUUGGCGACAAUGUUUCUCCGAUGUCGCCAAAAGAUAUUGAGUGGUAUCAGCGGCUUAUUAAUGAGGUUUCAAAGGGCACAGAAAUGUUCAUGUGCAUAUUUUGUACAAGUUUGCUUCGUAAGCUGAGCAGAUUUAUUGAACAAUGUCGGAAAGCUUAUAUGUUAUUAAAUCAAAUUGGAAAUCAGGGGCCGAAAUUAUUGCCAUCACAUUUAAAUAUCAACCACAAUAUAAGGCCUUCACCAACAAGAACCUAUUACCUGGGACCUGAUCGUGUUGAAGAUGUAGAUCUUGACCUCAAAGUGGAAGAUGACCCAGUUUUCGAUUCUAAUGACACAUAUAUAACAGAAGAUGAGGAUGACGUACCAUUAGUUCUGUUUUGUGGGGACAAUGCUGAAUCGGCGGUUGGGUCAUUUGACAAUGUGAAUGUAAAGAAGGAAAGCCUUGAAGAUGUUCCUGUUAUUAAAGAAGAAGAUAAUUUAAAGACUGAAUCUGAUGUAAAAUUAGAAGAAAUUAAAGGAUCGGAUGGUAAAUUGGACAAAAUCAAACUAAAGAAGCCGAAGAAAGUUAUCCGAGAGGGCUUCACCUCUCGAAUGGUUCAGGAGACAAACGAAUACAUUGUCAUCAAGUUGACAAAGGAACAGGUGUUGGAAGAAAUGAAGGAACGCUUGAAGAGCGAAAAAUAUUUGAGAGCACCGUUCAAGUGUGAGAAAUGCGUGAAAGGCUUCAACUUCGAAGACGUCCUUGAGAGUCAUAUGGAAAAGCAUUCUCCGAAAAAUGGCCCACUGCAAUGUGAGCUGUGCUCGCAACAUUGUCCGACUCAAGUUUCUCUCAGGGGUCACAUGAAGUCCCAUACCACCAGGUACAAAUGCAAAAUAUGCGGCUACAUCCGUUUGUCUAGGCAGCACGUCCUAGAACAUUAUACUAUCGUCCAUUCCAACGCUUCGGCGGCAUACAGCUGUGAGCAAUGCGUGUUCACCACCAACAAACGCACAGUGAUGCAACGUCACGUGCGUCUCCACAACCGCACGGAACGUCACGCGUGCCACAAGUGCGGCAAGCUUUACAAGAGCCUCGAGUCACUGAGAGUUCACACCAUGCGGCACGACAACACGAAGCGUUUCCAAUGCGACCAGUGCAACUUAAGUUUCGUCUACCCCACGUUGCUACAGAAACAUGUCCAGUCGGUGCAUAUACGUAGGGACUAUUAUUGCGUGGAGUGCGACAUCAAGUUUAAAUCCAUGGAUACCCUAAAGUUACAUUUCAAGCGUGCUAAAAAACACCGUGAGAGUUCUUCCGUGAAGUGA